GUUUUUACCUUAAAGAUAUCCACAAACCGCCAUUUUUAACAUAAUUCAAAAUAAAAAGGUCCUUCUUUUUUUCAUAGGCCUCACUCAGUGCCAUCAAAAUCCAAACUUGGAUAAACUCUCUUUGAAUCCAAGUUUCAUCCUCUUCUGGGUUGUCUUCAGACUUUAGUAUAGUCCAAUGUCAGUGUCACCCUCUUCCUCACACCUCUCAAAUCCACCAUUUAAAACUCUAUCAGUAGUGUGCAUUUUCUGAACCUCUCAACUUGGCCAAGCUUGUACCUUUUUCUUUUGGGGUAUAAAUCCCUGCAAGUUCUGGGAAAUUCAGUUUCAUACCAUCAUUCUUUUUUGCUGAGUUGCACUUUUGUUGGGAAGACCACCUUGGCAGUGACUAACGAACGAGGAAGAAGAAGAAAAGAAGAAGCAGAAGCAACACAGUGUAGAAAAUUUGGGAGAAGAACAUGAAGUUGUGUACUUUAUUGUUGUUGAUUGGUUUGGUUUCCGUGCUCUCUUUAGUGGCUUCUGUCGGGUUGCCUUCAAAUAAUGAAGUUUUGGCACUUAGAAGAUUCAAAGAAGCUGUUUAUGAAGAUCCACAUAAGGCUUUGUCCAAUUGGAAUACUCUGGAGUCAGAUCCUUGUGACUGGAAUGGUGUUUCUUGCACUGCAACGCGAGAUCAUGUCAUCAAGCUUAAUAUAUCGGGGGCUUCGUUGAAGGGCUUUCUUGCUCCAGAAUUUGGGAAAAUCACAUACAUACAAGAACUGAUCUUACAUGGCAACAAUCUCAUUGGAAUAAUACCUAAAGAAUUGGGCAUGCUGAAAUCUCUUAAGGUGUUGGAUUUGGGAAUGAAUUCCUUGUCUGGGUUGGAAGUCCCACAUCGACUAGAGAUGAGGCCAUUUAAGUGUAUAUAAGUGGGUGCAAACUUCACUCUACAAGCUGGUUUUGUGGGGUUGAGUUAGGCUUAAAGUCCACUUCUAAAACCUAUAAUCAUUGAAGUAGAAAAAUUGUAGGAAAGCCAAGACAUAUGAUUUAUGAAGAGAUAGGAUAUAAGGGAAGAAGUAUAUACAUCUCGAGCGUGGGAUUAGACAUUUUAAUGGGUGGUCCGAUAGCGGGUGGAACAACAUGCCCAACAACAACAGAAAUCACUAGGAUGGGCUCUAAUCAUGGCUCUGAUACCAUGUUAGAAAAGAAGAAAGCAAGCAUAUCCAGAUUUAUGUUUUGCUGUUAGUACUCUCAGUCAAUUUCUUUCCAAUCCUUUGGAAGAUCAUUAUGUAGCAGCAAUAAGGAUCUUGAGAUAUAUCAAGAAAAAUCCAGGACAAGGGUU